AUGUCUGCGAUGAGUGCUACGAUAACCAAAACCUUCAACAAAAAAUCUCUGUAUCUGUUGUCGGGUGCCACUGCCGCUGUUGGCGCCGGCGUGGCUUUCAAGUGGUACCAGAAUGAUAACCGGAAUAAAGGUUCGAAGGGCUUGGGUGCUUUGGCCGCAGGAACCGGCAUGCAUAUUGCUCAGUGCCAAAAAAAGCCCGAGGAUUACCAGAAAGUUUACAAUGCCAUUGCGCUCAAAAUAAGAGAAGAAGACGAAUACGACAACUACAUUGGGUACGGUCCCGUACUAGUGCGUCUUGCGUGGCAUAUUUCCGGGACCUGGGAGAAAAACGACAACUCCGGUGGGUCCUUUGGUGGUACUUAUAGAUUCAAAAAGGAGAUGAACGAUCCUUCCAACAAAGGUCUGCAAAAUGGGUUUAAGUUCUUGGGUCCAGUGCUCGAGCAGUUUCCUUGGAUUUCCCAUGGUGAUUUGUAUACCCUAGGUGGUGUCACCGCCAUUCAGGAAAUGCAGGGCCCCAAAAUCCCUUGGAGAGCCGGAAGAGUCGACGAACCGGAAGACAAAACACCAGACAACGGCAGACUACCCGAUGCCAGCAGAGACGCCGAUUACGUUCGGAAGUUCUACACUAGAAUGAACUUUGGAGACAGAGAAGUUGUUGCUUUGCUAGGAGCCCAUGCCCUAGGUAAGACACACUACAAGAACUCAGGUUUCGAAGGUCCAUGGGGAGCUGCCACCAAUGUGUUUUCGAACGAGUACUACGUCAACCUACUCAACGAACACUGGAAAUUGAACAAGAAUGAAGCCGGUCAAAUGCAAUACGAUAGCGACAAAGGGUACAUGAUGCUUCCUACAGACAUGGCUCUAAUCCAAGACCCCAAAUACUUGAAAUUUGUCAAAGAGUAUGCUAACAACCAGGACGCUUUCUUCAAAGAUUUCGUGAAGGCUUUCUCCAAGUUAAUAGAGAACGGCAUUGAGUUCCCAAAAGACAUCAAGGCGACCACAUUCAAGACUUUGGACGAACAGGACAUGUAA